AUGGAGGGUCUCUAUUUUAAUGUCGAUAAUGGUUACAUAGAGGGCAUAGUUCGAGGAUACCGUAAUGGUCUGCUCACUAGCCAAAACUAUGCGAACCUCACACAAUGCGAAACCCUUGAUGGCAAGCUAACCUUAUCGACUUCCACUCAAGCCUUUCGCUGACAUUCUCCAGACUUGAAGCUUCAACUUUCACCAGCAUAUGGUGAUUACCUCGCAAAUGUCCCUUCGCCUCUAUCGACUUCUGUCAUUGCUGCCAAAGCUACCGACAAGCUGAUCGCCGAGUUCCGAUAUAUUCGCGCGAACUCUACCGGAACGCUCGCAAAAUUCAUGGACUUUCUCACUUAUGGAUACAUGAUCGAUAACGUAGCGUUGUUGAUCACAGGCACUCUUCAUGAACGAGACACCCGGGAGCUCUUGGAGCGAUGUCAUCCCCUAGGGGUUUUUGAGACCAUGCCUGUCCUUUGCGUUGCCACGAAUGUUGAAGAGCUCUACAAUUCCGUUCUCGUGGAGACUCCCCUAGCACCAUACUUCAAGAACACCUUAUCGAGUGCAGAUCUAGACGAGCUCAACAUCGAGAUUAUCCGCAAUACGCUCUACAAAAGUUACUUAGAAGAUUUUCACAAUUUCUGCGUAACCGCGUCUGGCCUAGCCGGAACCCCUACAGCUGAGCUCAUGAGUGAAGUUCUGAGCUUUGAAGCUGAUCGCAGAGCUAUCAAUAUCACCAUCAAUUCCUUUGGAACCGAACUGAGUAAGCAAGACAGGAAAAAGCUCUAUCCGAGCUUCGGUAAGCUUUACCCUGAGGGCAGUGCUCUACUCAGCAAGGCGGACGAUGUUGAAGGGGUGAGAUCUGCCGUUGAAGGCGUCAGCGAAUAUAAAGCUUUCUUUGAGCAAGGGAUGGGACAGGGCGUUGGCAGUGGCCAUCCAAAAAGUUUAGAGGACUUGUUCUACCAGAAAGAGAUGGAGAUUGCCAAGAUGGCUUUUACCCAGCAGUUUACCUACGGCGUUGUUUUUUCUUGGGUCAAAUUGAGAGAACAGGUUUGCCCUCAUGACUCUGCAACUCCAUUGCUUGGUAGGGCCCAGCUAAUAUUAUACGUACUACAGGAAAUAAGAAACAUCACCUGGAUUGCUGAGUGUAUAGCUCAGAAUCAGAAAGAGAGGAUUAGUAAUUACAUAAGCGUUUUCUAAAAUGUUGAUAAUACGGUGCACAGAAUAGCCGUCCUAUCGAGUCUCUCGUUCUUCUUUCUAUGUAUUGUUCCCGGCUGUUUUGGUCAAUGUAGUAUUAACUGAUU